AUGGGGCUGAGUCCUGGCAGAGAGCGUGGCUCCUGGGGCCACGGCCAGUGCUGGCGGAGGAGGGUUGCAGCGGGCAGGGCCGUGGCACAGUCGGAGCAGGGCUUGUGCGUGGGCGUCGGGGCAGUCUCUCCCUGCUCCCCCGGCCCAGACCCCGCUCUCUGUGCCCUGCAGAAGGUCAUCGGCGUGUUCAAGCCCAAGAACGAGGAGCCCUACGGGCAGCUGAACCCCAAAUGGACCAAAUGGCUGCAGAAGCUGUGCUGCCCCUGCUGCUUCGGGCGCGACUGCCUCGUGCUCAACCAGGGCUACCUGUCUGAGGCCGGUGCCAGCCUGGUGGACCAGAAGCUGGAGCUUAACAUUGUGCCCCGCACAAAGGUGGUGUACCUGGCCAGCGAGACCUUCAACUACAGCGCCAUCGACCGCGUGAAGUCCCGCGGGAAGCGCCUGGCCCUGGAGAAGGUGCCCAAGGUCGGGCAGCGCUUCCACCGCAUCGGCCUCCCGCCAAAGGUGGGCUCCUUCCAGCUCUUCGUGGAGGGCUACAAGGACGCGGACUACUGGCUGCGGCGGGUUGGGGCCGGGCCCCGGCCGAACACGAACCGGCAGCUGCUGCUGCAGUUCGAGAGGCUGGUGGUGCUGGACUACAUCAUCAGGAACACAGACCGGGGCAAUGACAACUGGCUCAUCAAGUAUGACUGCCCCCUGGACAGCGCCGGCGCGCGGGACAGUGACUGGGUUAUGGUGAAGGAGCCCAUCAUCAAGCUGGCCGCCAUCGACAAUGGCCUGGCCUUCCCCCUGAAGCACCCCGACUCCUGGAGAGCAUACCCCUUCUACUGGGCAUGGCUGCCUCAGGCCAAAGUGCCCUUCUCACAGGAGAUCAAGGACCUGAUCCUACCUAAGAUCUCGGACCCCAACUUUGUCAAGGACCUGGAGGAGGAUCUCUACGAGCUCUUCAAGAAGGAUCCUGGCUUUGACCGGGGGCAGUUCCACAAGCAGAUCGCGGUCAUGAGGGGGCAGAUCCUGAACCUGACGCAGGCGCUGAAGGACGGGAAGAGCCCCCUGCACCUGGUGCAGAUGCCGCCAGUGAUCGUGGAGACGGCGCGCUCGCACCAGCGCAGUGCCAGCGAGGCCUACACCCAGAGCUUCCAGAGCCGGAAGCCCUUCUUCUCCUGGUGGUAGCGCCGGGGCUGGGACUGAGAGGGGCCGGGACCCCACUCGGCCCCGAGCUCAGCCCUACGGGUGAGCGGACGGGGCACUGGACCCUGUGCGGUGGGGCCUGGAGCAGUCCCCUGCCCAGCUCCAAUGGACAAUCCCUCGGCUGGACGCCCCGGGCCCAGCCCAUGUGCAGCUCCGAGCGCAUGGGCCAGAUCCGUCCAGCACGUUACCAGUAGCCUGCUGCCCCCUGCACCAGACUGCAGGCCCAGCGCUGGCACCCCCUCCUGCAUGUUGCUCCCUGGGGGGCGGGCAGCCGUCCUCGCCAGCCGGUGCCUGGCACUUCUCUCUGUGGCUGCAUCCCGUUGGCUCCCAGACUCCUGGGUCCGUGCUGCAGAGGCACCUGUUGAGUGCAAGGGGCUGGGCGGGGGCCCAAGGCAGUGGCGGCAGCAGCAGCUAUGGGCUGGGAAGGGGCUGUCGGAGGCUGCAGGGCCCUGCCUCUUGCAUCAAGUUGCACGUCUGGGCUGUGGGUACUGUCAGGGUGCUUGGGGCGCUUCCGCUCGCUCCCCGGAGCGGCUAGGGCCAAAGUGCUGCUGCUGGGCCCUGCAGGGCCUGGCGCCUGCUCCAUGGUGGGGUGCGGGGGCCUGGCUGAGCCCCGGCUCAUCUCUGCUUGGUUUGGGGUGGGUCAAACUGCUCUGGGGCCCUGCAGGCUGCGGGGCCCGUGGGCCGGCAUGCGGGGCUAGGGUUGGCUGACACCCUGCUGGGGCAGGGGUGCCCACUCCCUCCCCAGGCUGGCAGGGCUCAGUCCCUUGGGCACAGGGGUGAUGAGCUCCUAGAGCUCGUGGGAGGGGCUGCGCCCCCCCCGGCUGCAUUUGCCACUGACCCAAAAUGUAUCGUUCCAAUGCACUGUAGAAAUGUACGUAAUGUAUUUAAACCAA